CAUUUUAAAAACAAUUUUUUCUAGAGUGCAGCUAAUAUAUAAGAUGAAGUCGUUUCAUAAGUCUGAUGUCAUUUGUCUUUCUCAAGGGUCUUUUAGUUACAUCCUCUGAGUCUCUGAUUGAUAUUUCUUUCUAUUACAAGUAAUACAUCUCAGUUCAUGUAACUUGCAGAUAACUCAAAAGAAACUAUGAGCUAAUCACUGCUCUUUCACUUCAUCUGAGUAUAAAUUCAGAAAUCUCUUUUUGCAUUAGAAAUCUGUGCGUGCAUCUGCACAGAGGCAGGAACCCAUGGGAGCAGGAUGCCCAAACAAACUCUUCAUGUUUCCAGCCACAGGAGAGUGGCUGUUAUAGAGACAUCUUUAUAAAGUCAUCCAGGGGCCAAAGCCACAAUACUUUGGUUUCUCUUCAGAUCACAUAAAUAUCUCCUGUUUUACCAAAGUCAUAUGCAGUGGGCUAGUGAGAGGUUGAGAAGUCACACUUUGCCUGACAGCAGCUGGAUGAUCAAACUGCCGUUUGGGGCAGAAUUUCUCUGUAGGUAUUUUGGAAACAGUAUCUUGGAAAGCCAAGCAUAAGUGACACUUUUGAGUUUGCACUUCAAUUUAAUUCACUGCUCAUAUAGAAGAAUGUUAUUGUAUCCUCAGAUGUUGGUAUGUGAAGACCUGAAGAUCACCCAAUGUGUGAGCAUGAACACAUUAGGUUGCGGGUCAGCUGAGCUCACAGAAGGUCAGUUCAGCUUUGUCUCUGAUUUGAUUAUUUGAGGCAUAUUUUAAGUGUCUGGAUUUGUGCCAACUGCCACAAAGAAAAAUGAUGCGUACCUUUUUCUUGACUUUAAUGAGCUUUGGUCCUCUUAGGAAAGGUGCCUAAGAACUAUAGAUCCAGGCAGAGGGAUAAAACCAUGAAACAGGAACCUAUAGAAUUCCCAGGGUGUCCCUGGGAGGAAGAUAACUUUCAAAUCGGGAGAUCAGAGAUUGGCCAGAAUUGUGGUCAAAUUUAAGUAAAGAUAAUGGGAGAAGCAGUCAAUGUAAUGUCGGAAGCUGAGCAGAGCUGAGGCUAGGGGUGGCUGAACUGAGGUGGCAGUCUUGGAUUAGGGUUAGCCUAAAUCAGUGGUUAGGCCAGUUAAUGACAGUUGGAUGUAGCUUUAUCAUUCUCAAAGUAUUGUCCCUGGAAAAGCAGCAUAGGCAUUACCUGGGAACUUGUUAGAAAGGUGAAUUCUUGGCUUUUCUCCCCAAACUACAAAAUAGGUAACUCUGGAGAUUGGUAUCAGCAAUCUGUGUUUCAACGAGCUCUCCAGGUGAUUCUCAUACACACCCACAUUUGAGAACCACUGGUCUAGAUAAAAGAAAAGCCUGAUAAGAAGCCCGCACUAUAUAUUGAAGAAAAAAAAAUGGAGAGCUCUAAAUAUCGAUUUGGAGGUGUGUGUGUGUGUGUGUGUGUGUGUGUGUGUGUGUGUGUGUGUGUGUAUUCAGGGGCACCCAAACAACAUGCGCCAAAAUUCAUCUGUAAGGGAUGGUGGGAUGGUUUUUCCUCUGCCUCAGAGGAGAACAACAGCAGAACCUGGCAACUUCUUCCCAUCAGGGUCCAGGAUGGUUAAGAAGAUCCUUGAAGAGAACUGAAGCUCCAGUUUGUGCAGCAUCCUGUCCUUGGGCAUGUUUAUUCCUUUAGUUCUUCUCUUGUUCUUGAAGCCUCAUUUCCUUAUUUUUUCUCCUUUACCCAGGAAAUAUAAUGGUUUUUAUUUUAUUAUUUUUAAGCAGCUACUUACCGAAUACAGAUGCAAAUAAGAUAAUGCACAGGUAACUUUUGUAUUUAUUGUUUCCACCCCUAGGUUUCACCACUAAUUGUUUUUUUUUUUUCCUUUCCCAUUCUGCUUUGUUCUGCUUUUUAGUGAGUAUUAAGCAAGACUGCCAGUGGUUCACAGUACAUCAAGAUAUGGAGAUGCUAAAUUAAAAGAGUCAAGGGUAUUAUGAUGCUUUCAACAAUCUGUCAGUUUCAUAUAUCUGACUUGUACUUAUUGAGUGCCUUUUAUGUCAGCAGGUGCAGGGCGCUUUUCUCUGUGCUAUUAUAAAAAGAUAAGAUUUCAUUGCUGACAAAUGGAGCACAGACUUUUUGGCAGACAAAUAGGACAUACCAUUUGUAUAGGAGAGUGUUAUUAAUGCUUUAAUAGCAGCAUGCUCAGGAAGUCAAAGGAUCAUAGGGAAACAAUGGAAAGGGGAGGCAUCUAACCAUGGAUGCAGAAAGAGUAACAAGAAAAACCAUUUCUAAGAGCUAUAACUCUUGUUCCAGAUAGAAUGCAACAAGAAGAAGUUAGUUAUUUGAGGGCAAGAGAGUUGAUUCUAGGAGAAGGAGAUGACAUGUAAAAACACAGAGUUGAGACAAAGAGCAAAGCAUGUUCUGUCAGUGGCUGGGUUUAUGUGUGGAGUUGGAAUAUACUCGUGAAGGGAGUUAUUUUUUAUUCAUAAGGUUAUGAAUGCUAAGGACAUUGUUUUAAAAAAGAGUCACUUGUACAAUUUAAAUUGUAGACAUAUUUCAUGUCAACAGAAUUGUGGAGAAACAUGACAGCCUAGAAAAAAAGCAGAUACAUCAGUUAGGAGAUUGUUAACGAAACAGUCAAACCCUGAAUUCAUGUCUUUCCUUUCAGCCAGUUACAGGCCCACCUGCCAGUCAUGGUACUAUUUCUCAACAACACAGGCACCCAGGUGACUGAAUUCCUGAUGAUUUGCUUCCCAGGAAUGCAGGAAACACAGCACUGGCUAUCUGUAGUCCUUGCUCCCCUCCUGGUUUUGGCUUUGGGGGCCAACUUUGUGUUAUUACUCACCAUUCGGCAAGAGACAUCUCUGCACGAACCCAUGUACUACCUGCUUGCCAUCCUCUCCAUGCUGGAUAUCAUCCUCUGCCUCACUGUCAUCCCCAAGGUCCUGCUCAUCUUCUGGUUCAACAUGAAGACCAUCAGCCUUGCAGGCUGCUUUCUGCAGAUGUUCAUCAUGAAUACAUUCCUUCCUAUGGAGUCUUCCACCUUCCUGGUCAUGGCCUAUGACCGCUAUGUGGCCAUUUGCCAUCCUCUGCACUACCCGUCCAUCAUCACUGAAAAAUUUGUCAUUUAUGCAGCCAUCUUCAUUGUCUUCCGCAAUUUUCUGGCCACACUACCCACACCAGUUCUGGCUGCCAGGCUCAACUACUGUGCCAGCAAUGUGGUGGAGAACUGUAUCUGUGCCAACAUUUCUGUAGCAAAGCUCUCCUGUGGGGAUAUUCACCCAAAUAAGCUCUACCAAUUUGUGAGUGUUUGGUGUCUACUGGGUUCUGACCUAGUGCUCAUCUUACUAUCCUACUGCUUCAUCCUGAGGGCUGUUAAACGUCUGCAGUCAGGAGGUACAGCAACCAAAGCCUUGAGUACUUGUGGUUCCCAUCUCAUUCUUAUACUUUUCUUCUAUACAUUGCUGCUUGUCUUCAUCUUCACAAACAAGGCAGAAAAGAAGGUGCCCUCAGAGGUACCCAUUCUUCUCAAUGUCUUGCACCACCUCAUUCCACCAGCCCUGAACCCCAUUGUUUAUGGAGUACGAACCCAGGAAAUCAAGCAAGGUAUUCUCAAACUAUUCAAGUACCAGUUUUGAGAGAUAGGAGUCAAAGAUCCAGGAUUAUGAAAGUCUGUUUUAGUGAUAGAUUCAUAUAAAUGCCCCGAGGAACACAUAUGACAUCCAUGCUGCUACCCUCAUCUUGAACUUAAACCUUCUUCAGACACUGUCAUAAUAUUUAACCUCAUUAUUGCCUCCUCAAAUCCUCACUGAACAUAUGUUUAGGCAACAAUUACCUUUUUAUUCUAACCCGUUGCCAUCAUGAUCCUUCAAUACCCAUUCAUUAAAUAGUUAUUUAAUACUUUCCACAUACUUCUUAGUCUUUACAUUCUGAGUAACUGUCACAUUUAAUUCCUAGGGCAAGGAUGAGACAGCACUUUAAAUAUAACAUGGGGGAUGUGGGUAGGAACAGGGGAACCAAUGAAGACAAUAUUUUCUUAAAUGUUUUAUUUAUUUUUGAGAGAGAGUGUGUGUGAGCAAGGAAGGGGCAGAGAGAGAGGGAAAGAAGAUCCAAAGCAGGCUCUACACUGAAAGCAGUGAGCCUGAUGUGGGUCUCGAACUCAUGAACCUGUGAGAUUAUGACCUGAGCCAAAGUCAGACACUCAAUUUACUGAGCCACCCAGGUACCCCACUCAACCCACUGAGCCUCCCAGAGACCCCAAGACUUAAUUUAAGUAAUCCAGGUGAAAUGUAAUAAUGGCUUGGAUUAAGGUGAUGAGUAAAAAUUGAAGUUAUGGGUCAAAGAUUUGCUGAGAGUCCAUAAGUAGGAUACAAAAGAUGGAGAGGAGUAAAGGAUGACUCCAAGCCUUUUUUUUCUUAAGUUUUUAUGUAAAUUCCAGGUAGUUAACAUUCAGUGUAAUAUUAGUUUCAGGUGUACAAUAUAGUGAUUCAACACUUCCAUACAACACCCCAGUGCUCAUCACAAGUGCACUCCUUAAUCGCCAUUACCUAUUUCACCCAUCUGCCCUCCCCCACCUCCCCUCUGGUAAUCAUCAGUUUGUUCUCUAUAAUGAAGAGUCUGCUUCUUCAAGGCUGUUUGCAAAACAGUUGGAAAGGCAGAAUUGCCAUUAACUGAGGAGCCAGUUUUAUAUGUGAUAUCAGAAAUUUGGCUUUGGACACCUAACUCUAUUUCCAUACCAAACUCCUUCAAAUGACUGUACUUUUAAAAUGACUGUUAAAUAUCCAAAUAGAGAGGUAAAAGUAAGCAACUGUACAUAUGGCACUAUUCAGGGACCAGAUUUAAGCUAGUGACAGAAGUUUGAGUCAUCGGAGUAUAUAGGUAGGAUUUAAAUCCUAUUUAGAUGAGUGAUAUGAAUUAUGUUGAUGAAUUAUCCACUUAUUUCUAUACCUUUCUUCAAGAAACUUAUUGAUGUGUUGGGUAUCCUGGAUCCAUACUUGUUUGCCACUCCCAAAAGAAUACAAUCUCAUUUAAAUCAGAAGCUCUUUAAUUCUUCUUUGUAUCUGGCAUUUUGUCUGGCACAUAGUAGGUGCUUUUUCAGUGAAUAAUUUUGACUGUCUCAAAACUUUUGAUCACAUUAUGUGGCAUCUGGAUUAUGGAAUAUUGAUCUAAAAAUAGUACUAUUUUGGGUGCCUGGGUGGCUCAGUCAGUUGAACAUCUGACUCCUGAUUUUGGCUCAGGUCAUGAUCCCAGGGUUGUGGGAUCAAGCCCAUGCUCAUCAUACAGCCUGCUUAGGAUUCUCUUUCUCUCUCUCUGUCUCUCUCUUCCUUAUUCUCUUCUCCCCCACUCAGGCAUGCUCUCUCUCUCUCUCUAUCUCAAAUAAA